UAAAAACAAUCUCACUACAGUCUUAAAGAUAAAAUCGAACGCACUAGGAGUAACCUUUCGAUCGAUUUAUCAGCAUCAUUCAUAUAUUCCACGCUCUGUUGCUCAAUUGGUUUGCGAGUUUUCCCCAACUAUUAAAGCUGACUAUUUCGGCCCAAUGUUCGCGAUUCAACACCGUGCACAUUGAUCGAGGUCGCUUUGAACUGAAAGUUUCUGGUCUGCUCGUUAAAGGGUGAUGCUGUUGUUUUGUAUCUUAAGCAGGUGGGAGGUUUUCAGGCGUGGGACCGUGCCAACCCGCCCACCAAGCAUCCCCGGCAUCCACACAGGGUCACAAUUAAUGAGUAAACCAUCAGUGCCAUGGAAUUCAUUAUUUGAAGGAGGCUUUCCGGGAAUGUUGGACACAAAGCCGCAUACACGCCGCGUGAAAGAGUUACCGUUCAGUCGAAAGCAACAAGGUCUGGUCCCCAGCGCGGCCAUGGGAUCCCCGGAGGGAGGCGAGAUCGCAGUGUGGGUUUGCCAGGAGGAGAAGCUGGUGUGCGGUCUGACCAAGCGCACCAGCUGCGCUCUGGUGGUGAAAGCGCUGCUGGAGGACCACCUCGCCAACGCCGGCGCCACUAGGCUGCUCCACGCACCUGCCAAGGACUACUGCAUCGUGGAGAAGUGGAGGGGCUUCGAGAGGCUCUUGCCCCCUGCAACCAAGUUGCUGAGGCUCUGGGCGUCCUGGGGAGAGGAGCAGCCCAAUGUCCACUUCGUCCUGGUCAAGGUGGGCGCUUCCAUGGCCGUGCCAGGUCUGAGGAGCGCCGAAGCCAAGGUGAUCCAGAACAUUGGAGGCCAGGGGGAUCUGAGUCCCGCCCAGUACAUCCACAGUCUGCCGGCGGACAAGCAGAAGAGGAUGGUCCGCAAAGCUUUUAGGAAACUGGCCAAGAUGAAAAAGCUGAAGCAGGGCCGGGAAGGGGUUGAGACCUUAGUGCAUCUGAUCGCAUCCCAGGACCACACCAUCCGCCAGCAGCUGCAGAGGAUGCUGCAACUGGACGCCGAGAUCGAGGGCUACGAGUCCUGGACGCACUUGGAACGGAUACAGAAAGAAGGGGAGAACUAUGUCCAGGAAACGUACCUGCUGGAGAGCAGAGAGAGCGAGGGCGAGAGGGCACAGGUCCGGGAGUACCUCAACAAGAGGGACUCGACCUUCCAGCUGCAGCAACAGAUUCAGCAACACGAGGAAGCCAUCGAGGAACUGUCCGCCGAGAUCCAGCUGGAGAUGGCGAGGCUGUGCGGGGCCGAGCCGCUGGUGCAAGGUGGCCCCGUCUCCCCGGGCAGCGAGGCCGAGAGGGUGGAGAGCGAAUUGGAGACGGUCAUGGGCAUCGCCCUUCAACUGCGCAGAAACGUGGCGGAGGCGCAGGAGGACGUGCAACGUGAGGAGCUGGUGCUGGGCGAGAAGGCGGCCGAGUGUGAUCGCCUGCUGAAGCAGUUGCAGUCCCUGCAUCUUGCGGAGGAGGCGGAGAGUGGUGCCCCACUGCCCGCGCCCUGCAAGGAUGACACCAAACCCGGUUCCCCCCGAACCAGUCAACCCAAGGGCUGCUCCCCCUCUGACACCAACGACACGGACUCGGACACGGGGAUAAGUUCCACACACAGCCAAGACUCGGAACCUCCUUGCGUCGAGGUUGUUCCCGCGUUGAGAGAUGACAUUGAGUGAUCCUGCUCGCUUCUUAGCGAACGGUUUCUUUGCUUUUGUGUGAGAAUGCGACGUUUAAGAACGAGGACAUAUGGUCCGAGGUUUGGUGUGAAUGUGAAUGUGAAGAAAUACUGAGAACGUGUAACUGGAUCUCACCGUAUCAUCAUCUCGUUAUUUAUCCCUUUCUCCAUCUGCAAGAAACCUGAACAUCCUUUUGGAGAUAAGGGAUCAGGCAGGUGUGUCACUGGCGAGUCUAUCUGUGUGGGUUCUAACAUAACAGGUUCACAGACUGGGAGCUGUCUGUGUCUACUUAUUUUUAAGCGGUACUUACCCCCUCCUCAUCGGUAUGUAGGAAGAAACUGCAGAUGGUGGCGUAACACAGCGGGGUCAGGCAGGUCAAGCUCUGGAGGGAAGGAAUAGGUGGCGUUUCGGGUUGAGACCCUUCUUCAGACUGAGAGACAGGGUUGUAAGGUCUUAAUACUAAAUGACUCAAGGGACCAAAUACCGAGCCCUACUGCCUGGGUAUAAAACUCACACAUGAAUGCCGCAGCUGGUAGAGCUGCUGCCUCACAGCACCAGAGACCGGGGUUCGAUCCUGACCUCGGGUGCUGUCUGUGUGGAGUUUGCACGUUCUCCCUGUGACUGCGUAGGUUUCCUCCCGUAUCCCUUUUAGAAAUGCGGGGUUGCAGGUUAAUCGAUUUCUGUAAAUGUCCAGCGCAUGACGAGAAAGUGAAAUAACAUAGAACUAGUGUGAAUAAGGUGAUCGGUGGGUCGAAAGGCCUGUUUCCAUGCUGUGCCUUUCAAUCAGAUUAGACAAACGACCAAGUCGUGCAUUACACAAAAAGGAGUCUGCUUUUGGAAAAAGCAUAAAAAUAUUUAAGUUGCAAGAGUAGCACGUUACCCAAAUAAGUAGGCGAUAAAACUGUAGUAACUUUUUUUUUACUGGGAACUUUAUAAAAUGUAUAAAAGCGUGAAAGCACUAGGGAUCCGUCCACUCCGCUACAUGUGUAAGACUGAAAUAUGAUCUCGCAAAGAUAGUACGACAGUGGUCGCAGCUUCUACUGAAAUGUGGAUGGCCAUUGGCUCGCUAGGAGCUCAUCCGCCCUUUGUCAGGUCUUAUCUUUGGACCUGCUGGGGGUCCACAGCCCCCUCCUCACCUGGCAAACCAGGUGGGGGAGACGGUUUAGUCGCCGACUGUCCGACCAUGGAGCAGGUAGCACGGGAUUACAUGGUACCCGUGGUGGUGGGAACUCCUCCUGACCUGACCU